AUGGUUGCUCAGCAUCGAAGUCAGCGCAAGAUGAACACCUUCACAACACUUCUCUUUGCGGCGACAGCAAUGUCAACGGCUAUCCGUAUGCCAAACACAGCAGGAGCAAGAUAUCCCAGAAUGACGUCACGGUCCACGGAAAUGGACUCUGCACCGUAUCGGGAUGCCUCACUUCCCGUGGAUGAGCGAGUGGAUGACCUCGUCAAGCGGAUGAACCUUGAGGAGAAGGCCGGGCAACUCUUCCAUCAGAUCAUCAACCAAGGCACAAACGGUUCUCUCGCCAAUGGCACCGAUCUUUCCGUGAGCGGCAAGUUUAUGACACACUUCAACUUGCACGGCCCGAUUUCCGACGUACGGGCAACAGUCCAAUGGUACAACAACUUGCAGCAGAUGGCACUAGACACCCGGCUCGGCAUACCAGUUACCAUCUCAUCGGAUCCUCGACAUGCCUUCACAAACGCCGUUGGCAGUCAAAUCGCAGCAACCAAGUUCUCACAAUGGCCUGAGAGCCUGGGUUUGGCAGCGAUACGGGACGCCGAUCUCAUUCACACUUUCGCAGACAUUGCUCGACAAGAAUACAAAGCCGUCGGCAUCCGAUCAGCGCUGCACCCUCAGAUUGACGUAGCCACUGAGCCCCGGUGGUCCAGGAUAGGCGGCACCAUGGGCGAGAACGCUACCUUGACUGCCGAGCUAGUCGUUGCAUACCUCAAUGGUUUCACUGGUCCUAAUGGUUUCGGCAAGGACUCCAUCACCACAGUUUCCAAGCAUUUCCCUGGCAGUGGCCCCGUAGAAGGUGGCGAAGACAGCCAUUUUGUAUACGGCAAGAACGCCACAUACCCUGGUAAUAACAUGGAGCACCAUCUUAUUCCCUUCAGAGCUGCCAUCAAGGCGGGAACAAGACAGAUCAUGCCCUACUACUCGCGCCCCAUGGGCACAAAGUACGAAGAAGUCGCUGCAGGCAUGAACAAGGGUAUCGUCACGGACCUACUUCGCGGAGAGCUUGGAUUCGAUGGCAUUGUAGUCAGCGACUGGGGCCUCAUCACCGAUGGCAACAUCGCAGGUCAAGACAUGCCAGCUCGUGCCUGGAGCGCCGAGAACCUCACCGAGCUGGAGCGCGCGGAAAAGAUUCUAAACGCAGGCACUGACCAGAUGGGUGGUGAAGAGCGAACAGACUUGAUCCUGGAGUUGGUAGAGAAGGGCAUUGUGAGUGAAGAACGCAUCGACGGAUCGCUCCGUCGUUUGCUCCGCGAAAAGUUCAUCCUCGGUCUCUUCGACAACCCAUUCCUUGACGCCGAAGAAGCUGAAGCGUCGGUUGGUCGAGAAGAGUGGUUGGCCGUUGGAUACGAAGCCCAACGCCGAUCCUUCACCCUCCUCACCAACAAAGACAACACCCUCCCACUGGACGCUUCCGACUGCAAGAAGGCAAAGUUCUAUGUCGAAGGUGUGAACAGCACUUUCUUGGAAGCACGAGACCUACAAGUCGUAGCCACUCCAGAAGAAGCAGACUACGCCUUCCUGCGCCUCGCUGCCCCCUAUGAGCCUCGCCCAGGUGGGUUUGAGGCAAACUACCACGCUGGCUCUCUUGAGUAUAAUGCUACCGAGAAGGCGCGUCAAGCUGCCAUCUACGCUGCUGUACCUACCAUUGUAGACAUGUACCUUGACCGCCCCGGCGCUUUCCCCGAAAUUGUGGAGAACGCAAAGGCACUUAUGGUCAACUUUGGAGCUAGCCCUGAUGCUUUCCUCGACGUUAUGUUUGGUGUUGAUGGGAAGGGGCCUGAAGGUAUGCUGCCAUUUGACUUGCCAAGGAGCGAUGAGGCUGUUGCAUCCAAUAAGGAGGAUGUGCCGUUCGAUACUGUGGACCCAGUGUUCAGGUUUGGCCACGGGCUGAGGUACGAGAGUUGUUAG